CAGUGUGGGGGGUGACAAAGGGAGCAGCUGAGGCCCCCUGGAGAAGCAGCUCUGUGUCUGCUAUGUGGCUCACGCUGCUCUUCUUGGUACUCUCUCUCCCUUUUUAUGAUCAUGAGCAGGAUCUGUCAAGGAGGACUUUGCAGAGUUUGCAGGACCACUCAAAUUUCCUCUCCACUGAAGGAGAUGAAGAGGAGAUUUCUGAGGAAGCAAAGAGACUAGUUGGCUGCUGUUUUUCCUUUCCAGAAUCCAGAUUUGGACCCCAGUAUCAUAACACAGCCCUACAGAACUACAGUGGGGAACAGCCUUUGAAUGUGUCUGACAACGCUGAUUUGAUUCAAGGAAACACAGCUGAAGAAACCAGUAAAGAAGAUUUAAAAGAGACUGCAAUUCUUGCUGUGUCAUCUAUAGCUCUUGCCAUCUACCUAAUAUUUCUGGUUUGUUUUUGUGUGGCUUUUAGAAAAUGCAGAAUGCAAAAAGGGAAUACCUGUCAUACCUUUGGACGCUCAUCUGAACAGCAGAGAUCGGCAGAGGGUGGGAUGAAUGCGGACAGCUCACACAAGAAAUCCUCAGACUCAGAAACUGUGCCUCUUAUGAACUCGGUUGAUGAGCUAUUCACUGCUGUUGCAUCAAAUCGCAGUAGAACCUCUUUGUCUGAAGACUCAAAUUAAAAGUGAAAUUGAAUAUAAUCCUAGUGCCAGCCACCAAGAAGCUUUAGGAGCUGGCUUAUGAGCAACUAUGAUUCUGGAAAUAGAGCUUGUGACUCACUGAGUGUGUUACUCAGUAUUUCCUGACAGCGUUGAAUAAACUUCAUGUUCUAAUAGGAGA